UAUAUAUUCAAUAAUGUCAAUAAAUAAUUUAAGUUUGGAAUAGAUAGAAAAUCCAUCAAAAACAAAAUUCAAAUAACUCUAUUUAAAUAAAUACAGAAUAAAAUUAGGAUUAGUAUCUAAUCAUAAAGAAUAAUUACCAAAAUCAGUAUCAAUAAUAAUUUAACUUUUUAGAGACCCAAGCUAAGAAAUAUUUCAAUCAAAGAAUUAGAUCAUUUAAUAAAACCAGAAAUGAUUAAAGCUAAAAUUAUGCCAGAUAAUUAAAAGGUACUCACAGCUUAAUUGUUAAGCAAAAUUGCAUAAAAAUAAUAAGAAUAAGAAUAUUUUUGUAAAUUUCCUGAAAUCACUAAAUAAAAGACAAAAAAAAGAUCAAAAACUGAGUAACAUAUGGAUAAUUAAUACAAUAAAUAAUAUAAGACAUUUGCUAGAACUGCUUAUUUAAUUGUGAUAUGA